AUGAUCGGCUCUGGCUGCAGUAAGUCCAUCGCCCCUGGCACUAACUACCCCGCCAUGGGAGGCGCCAUCCAGCAGUCCUCCCAGCAGUCCAUCUACCUAUCCAGAGCCGGCCAGCAGCUCAGCUGCGGCUCCACCCUCCAGCCCGGAGAGAAGCUCGCCGUCUCCGGCUUCGCUCCUCCUCAAGACGCACAGUACGUCGUGCAGGCGACGUCGAGCUCGGGGAGCGGGAGCUGGGGCGUCCAGGGAGGAGCCUGCAGCAACUCCCGCACGAUCAGCUCGACGUCGCCAGAGGUCGUCGCGCCCAGCUCGGGAAGCGUCACGGUGCAGGCGGCGUGGGCGACGGGGAGGAACGGGAUCAUGGCGACGGCAGCAUGCAGCUACAGCGUGCAAGGGACGGGGACGAGCAGCAGUACCGGCACGAGCACAGGGAGCACCGGAGGAACGUCAGCAGCAUCGAGGAGAGUGCCAGGAGGGUGGGAGUGGGUGAUGGCGGCGGUGAUGGGUGUCGCGAUGAUGUGCUGUGUGACAUCGGGUUGGAAGAUGUGA